CCGCACCCCCCGUCGCGCACGUUCUGGCUCCUCAGGUGAUCCGGUGCGUGCGUUGCGACUUGCGACGUCCUCCGAACUCCCGCCCGAGUCACGUGGCGCCGGACGCGGCAGGCGAUAAUCGCCGGCCGGCCGACCGAGACGACAGGCUAGGUUUCUCGUAGCACACGCUUACAGUUCUCGCGGAUUCUCGGUGUGCGCGGCCCGGCCGCACAUUGGACGGCCAUCCAGUCUCGCCGCCGCGUGGUUUGAUCCAUCGAUCCCGGAUCGAUCGUCCGUGGGAAGAAGAAGAACCGAACGGCUGGUUCAUGGCGGCGCCAGCGACCAGGGUGAUCGGAUCCAAGCCAGCGGACUGCUUCCAGUUCCAAGACCCUAACACCUGGACCUGCGUAUCGGAGCUCGCAAGCGAUGUGGUCGUCGAAGUAGGAGAUACGUCCUUCCACCUACACAAGAUUCCGUUGACCAGCCGUAGCGGCACGCUGCAGAAGCUUGUGAACGAGUCCACCGGCGAUGGCAGCAAACCGUGCACCGUGCGUCUGGACGACGUCCCCGGCGGGGCGGAGGCCUUCCUGCUGGCCGCCAGGUUCUGCUACGACGUCCAGACGGAGCUGAACGCGGGCAACGCCGUGCCGCUGCGGUGCGCGGCGGAGCGCCUCGCCAUGACGGAGGACUACGGCGAAGGGAACCUCGUGGAGCAGGCGGAGUCGUUCCUGUCCGAGGUGCUGGCCGGCUGGAGCGACACGGUGCGCGCGUUGGGCACGUGCGACGACGCCGUGCUCCCUGCCGCCGAGGACCUGCUCAUCGUGCAGCGGUGCAUCGACUCGCUGGCGGACAAGGCGUGCGCCGACCCGACGCUCUCCGGGUGGCCGAUGCUGGAGUACUUCACGGCCAAGAGCCUCGAGGAGACGGCGAUCUGGACCGGCAUCGGCGCCGCCGGGAGGCCGCGGUCGCCCGGCGCGGGCUGGUGGUACGACCAGGCGUCCUCGUUACCGCUGCCGCUCUACAAGCGGCUCAUUGCGGCGGUGCGGUCCAGGGGCAUGAGCCCCGAGAACGUCGCCGGCUCGCUGAUGCACUACGCCAGGCGCCACCUCUCCGGGCUCAGGCGCCUCGGAGACAACAGCGACGGCAGCAGCCGCGGGGGGGCUGCGGCCGUGCUCUCGGGCGGCGACCAGAGGACACUACUGGAGGAGAUUGUCGCGAUGCUCCCAGUCGAGAAGGGCGUCGCACCGACGCGGUUCCUGCUCGGUCUGCUCCGCGUCGCGACGGUCCUGCACGCCGCCGCGGCAUGCCGGGACGCGCUGGAGAGGAGGGCCGGCGACCAGCUGGAGGAGGCCGCGCUGGAGGACCUGCUGAUACCCAACACCGGAUACUCCGCGGAGACGCUCUACGACGUGGACAGCGUGCAGCGGAUGCUGGAGCAGUUCAUGAUGACAACCCCGCCUGCGUUCGCCGUGUUACCGGAGACCACGGACGAGGGACAGCUGGUCGACGCUCCGCCGGGCGAGCUCAUGCCAGUCAGCUCGGUAGGCAAGCUAGUCGACGGGUACCUCGCGGAGGUCGGGACGGACGCCAACCUCAAGCCGUCCAAGUUCCAGACCAUCGCGGCGCUCGUCCCAGACUACGCCCGGGCGAUCGACGACGGCCUCUACCGCGCCAUUGAUAUCUACCUCAAGGCGCACCCGUGGCUGACGGACUCGGAGCGGGAGCAGCUGUGCCGGCUGAUGAACUGCCAGAAGUUGUCGCUCGAGGCGUGCACGCACGCGGCGCAGAACGAGCGGCUGCCGCUGCGGGUGGUGGUACAGGUGCUCUUCUUCGAGCAGCUGCGGCUGCGCACCACGGUGUCCGGGUGGUUCUUCGUGUCGGACAACGCCGACCAGGGCUCCAGCUCCGAUAACUGCGUACUGCCGCGGAGGCCCGACGACGAUCUGGACCUGGCAGCCCGGUCCGAGGUGACGACGGACGAGGACGGCUCCGCGGCGGCCCAGCACGAGCCGUCGCCGGCGAUGAGCGUCGCGGAGAUCCACCGCCCGGGGAAGCCCAAGAGCACCCUGAGCCGGCUGUUAGGGAAGCUCGGGCUCGGCGGGAGGUCGUCGUCGCGGCAGCGCCAGCAGCAACCGCCGCUGCCGGGCGCCAGUGACAAGAGGCGCAGGUCCUUCGAUUUCGGGUGUUAAUAAU